AGAGUUAUAUCGUAUAUUCAAGGAAUGAGUCAUCAUGAUUUAUACCAGAAUAUUAUAGUAUUAGUUUUUAUGAAAACGAGAUCUGUAUAAUUAUACUUCGCUAGCAAAUUGUCUUUCCUAUAUAUAUGUGUGGGCAAGCUAGCUAAAGAACAUACAACAACAGUGACCAUUAUAAAACUUGCUGGGUUUCCAAAAGGAAGAUAUGGAAGAUAGUAUGUUAGAUCCGCCGGAUUUAGUAUUCGAUGAAAAAGUGAGUAACAAGAGAGUAAGAGAUGGCGAAGAGGAAAUCAAUAUAGGAAGACUCGAAAAGAGGCCAAGUGGCAUUUUUGGUGUUAAUGGUGGUGGAGACUUCGAUGAAGAUCCUGUCAAUGAAGAAUUGGAAGCAAGUGGUGGUGGUGGGAUCAUCGACACUUUCAUUUCAAAUGUUUUUCACCAGAAGGAAAGUGUUAUAGAAGGAGGAGAAGUUGAAGUUGGUGGUUUAAUGAAAAGUGAUGUAACUGAUGUUACAGUUGAAGAGAAAAGCGAAGAUUUAUGCAUCGGUAGCGGUGGAGGGCAUGGUGGAGACGAUGGUGGUGACGGAGAAAGUGGCGGUGGGAUUAUCAACACUUUCAUUUCAAAUAUGUUUCACCAUAAUGGAAGUGGAGAUGAUGGUGGUGAUCAAGCGAAAAGUGAUUUGCUUAAUGAAGAUGGUGGUGGUGGUGGUGGGCCUGGUGGCAGCGUUGAACGAGCGGAUCUCGUUGCAGAAAAGCCGCCUGAGAAGACCGACACUGUGCCUGAUUUGUCUAGUAAACAUCUUACAGGGCAAAAACUAAACAUGCGACCAGAUGAUUAUUCAGAAAGAGUAUUUUUCCUAAACAAUAACUGAAGCAGCUGAUCGCAUAUAUAGUAUAGCACGUUGAAGCACUGGAGCAUUCAAAGGUCAACCAAGUUCAAAUUCAUGUCAUGGAUGAUAUUGAUCUACGUGUUGCUAAUUUUAUUUGAUGCUUUCUUAACAGUUGAAGAAGAUAGUUUUUGAGGAUUUUAGAUUUACAUGAUUCGUAAUGUAACUUGAACUCAAAGUACUAGUUUUAUACCGCAUACUAAUUGACUCCUCGA